UACCAAUGACCAUUAUUAUCCACGUCCUUGAGUAGAUCAAGUUAAACUCUUAAAUGUAUUCAUUCGUGAAACAUUGCUUUGUGUGUUCAAGAUUAGCUACGUAAUAAUUUGGUUAGCUACUAUGAAUCAGUAAAUUCAAUGUCUUUACUAACUAAUGUCAACUAACAAAAUGUUUAUUUUAACAAAAAGUUGACUAUAGUAGUGAACUGAGAAAUGCAAUUGAAAAUGGCGUCUGAUAAUGAGGCGUCUUGUAUUUGUGACCCAAAUUUUGCAGUUAUUUGUUCUUUUCUGGAAAAGUUUGCUACAUCAUGUGGAAUAUCGCAUCCAAAUUUCCAGGAACUUCAAGAAAUGCUGGAAAACACAUUAGAAGUUUCUCAGCCACUAAUAGACCUACAUGUGAAACUGUUAAGGAAAUCUCGAAAGAAUGUGUCAGUGGAGCGUUGGGAGAAAGCACUUAUCAAGUUUUGUCAUUCCUACUCCAACCAAGAUGGCUGGGAGAUAGAAAGGUUUGGCUACAAGAAAGCACGCCUGGCAGUUAAACUUAACGUAUUAAAGACUCUGCUGGAGCAGCAGUUCGACAUGAACACGAGGUUCAAGGCGGAGGUGAACCGCCUGAGCGCUGGGGAGCUGCGGACCCGGCCCCUGGGCCGGGACAAGCAGGGCCUCACCUACUGGUGCCAGCUGGACGACGACUGCAACCUACGUGUGUACCGCGAGGACCUCGACGAGGAGACCUGGGACAUGGUGGCGAGGGAUCGUGAAGGUUUAGUUCAACUGAUAUCUCAACUUUCAUCCGAUGACCCACUCUACAAUGGGCUUGACUCCACAUUUAAUGAAGACAGUAACAGUUUGGAGAUAGAGAAACCAAUUACUGAUACAGGACAAAUGGAUGAGGAUGAAGAGCCUGAGGAAGAGAUAGAAGAGGAUGAAGAAGGUGAAGUGGAGGAGGGAGAAGUAUCACCACUGGAAGAGGCAGGAGAGUCUGACGAAGAAGAAAAAACACAAGAACAAAAUGCUACUCCAAAAUUAAAAGUUUCUUUCAAAGAGUUACGACAGCAUCCAGAACCAGAUAAAAUACAAAAACAGCCUGUUAUUGUAUCAUCACCAGCGGUUUGUGAAACGUUAACUGCAAGUGAUGCAGUACUGGUACCCGAUAAAGUUGAUAAAACUGUAACUCCAACAAACAAUGUCAAUAGCGAAGAAGCACUUGUUCAGCAUAAUAAAUCAUCAGAAACUAUUCAUUCUGAUAAACCAUUUCAGAGUGAAAAGCAGAAAUUGAUAGAAGAAGAGAGCCCAGCAGAAUUGGUUGAAGAAUGUACACACACAGCACUUUCCAACGAUAGUGGUGAUUCAAAAUCUAAAAGUAGGACAAAUAAUGAAGAAUUUCAAAAAAAUAUUUUAUGUGUGAACGAACCUAAAGAAAUUCUAGAGGUAAAUGAAAAAUUGGAAGAAUGUAAAAAUACACAAGAUAAUCCUGAAGUUUCAUUAACUGAAAUAAAUCAUAAAAAGGUCACAGUUGAUGAAGAUAAAGUUAAAAAUGAAGAUGAAGAGCAGAAAAAGUUUCAUGAAAGAAAAGAAAUUGUAACUAAAGAGCACACACCUAUUAAAAAACAAAGUAAAAGCAUUGAUGAACAAGUUUCAGUUGAAGAUAAAUCAAAAAGUCAAAUUUCUAGUGAAGAAAAAAUGGAUUUGAAUGUGAAGACAUCAAUUAAAGAUCCAGCAAUUUCAGUGGGUGAAAAAUUAAGUACUGAAAUUAAUGCUGAAGAAAAUGUGUCAGUUGAAUCUCGUCCAAAGUUGGGAGGUGUAGAUGAAUAUAAGAAAAAUAUUAGUACAAAGGCUAUGACUGAAAAAGUGGAAGAAAGUGUACCAGUGCAAGGGAGGUUUAGUACAGAAUCUGGAUUGGCUAAUGACAAUGCUUUAAAAAGUACUAGCUUACAUGCUCUGCAACUCAAUUCUUUUAAAGAAGAAUUGAAAAGGUUUGAUACAAAUUUGUUACCUGCAAAAGAAAAUACUCGAAAAAAGGGUCUGGAAGAAUAUAAAAAUUUUGAUUUAAAAUUAGAGUCUAGGCUUGAUGAAAUGAAAACAGUGAGUCAGGAAGAAUUUAAGAAAUCCAGUUUUAUGUCUGAUGCAAGAGUGGAAGAUAGACCAAAGGCUAGGGAUGACUUCAAAAAGCUGGACGUGAAGCCAGAGUUCAGAUUGGAAGAAAGCAGAAUUAAACCUGUGAACUUUGCGUCAUUGCAACAUCAAGUGAGGGUAGAAUCUAAACUAGACGUUAGGGGAGAUCUACGGUCUAAACAGUUUGGGCCAUUGACACCCCAUCAAGCUGGGAUAGAUCUGAGUUCAGGUCGUGGAAUUAUGUUUGACAAACAAACUAUGAGGAAACAGACACCGAUGCUAGACCUCAGUAGAACAAGGAUUGAGCAUGUUGGAAUGGAUCUGAGUUCAAAGAAAUCCCCAGAAAUUCCUCUACCAAGCAAUAUGAGCAGGAAACCAGAUUUGAAAAUUGUUCAUGGUUUGGUCAGUAGUGGUGUGUGUGACCUUAGCACGAAAAAAUCUCCGGAUAAAGUGAUGCACCCUCCAAGUUAUGAUCCAGGGCAGAGUCAGAGUGCGUACCAUUUCAGUGGCAACAUCCCGCUGGGAAUUAGUUCAUUGCCUCAUCACCUAGCAACUGAUUUGUCCACAAGGAAACCUUUUUCAUUAAAUGAUUUAAUGAAUGUGAGGAAAGAAGCUGUCAGAAGUCUGGCAACUCUUUCUCAGAUUGAAAAACUUACCUUGCUUUCACAGUCGAUCCGGCCUGGUGAGGAACGUAAAACGUUUCUUACCCCGGAGGAGAUGAGUAGAGGUUUGAAAAGGGAUCCGAGGGAGCAGAGCGUGCCUGACGGAUGGUUGAACAAGAUGGGUCGUUAUGUUGAGCCAAGCGAGAACAGAGGAAGUGGUUCUGUCCAUCCUUCAUCUGUGCAGGUGGGGGAGGCAAUAGAGGAGCCAUUGAUGUUGGUUCGGGGUGAAGGCUCAGGGAGAGAUUGCGAUACUGGUAACCCCGGCACAGAUACUCAGGACAGUGGGAGCAAAGUGGACGAAACAGACAAGAAGGUUCCAGGUGACAAAGUAUUGGCAGCAAACAAUGUGGGCACCUCAAAACAGAAUCUAAUGGGGCCAUCUGACACUGGACCCAAAGAGCUGUCAGACAGUGUAUUUGGUACACAGUUGCAGCUUCCAGCACCUGAAAAAGAAACAUUUGGAAAGGAUACUGUUAGUGUGAAAGGGUCUAUGAUAGAUAGAUCUAGCUUAGAAAAUACCAAAACUUCAAGUGAGCCUAGAGAUACCCAAGAUGAUAACCAGGCAUCACCUCAUUUAAGGUAUUCUACUGUUCAGAAUGAUCAUAAACUCACAGUGCAGGGUAGCAGUGCUCACGUAACUAACAUAUCAGAAAAUACUAUUCAUGCCAUGUCGGGAGAAGUUGGUGAAAUAGCAUCAUCUGACCCCAGGACACUUCAUUCUACAGGUGAAACAAGUCAGUUACAGUCAAGUGACAAAGUAUCUGCUCUGCAGGAGUACCGGGCUCGCAGUCCAAGAACAAAAUUGUUCCAGCCACAUUUACCUGAUAGUGGAGAUACAGACAUUCUCUCAAGUCGAGAAACGAGUAGUUAUUCCAGUAUAAAGAGGCCAAUUUUAUUUUCCCCAAUCGCAUCGCAAAGUGAGUUUAGGGUGCCAAGGUUAGUUUCUCAUGGUGAAACCCAUAAAAGUAUUGCUGUCACUAGUUCUUUUCAAAAUUCUUUUCAGACCUCAGUUUCAGAUUUUCAGCCCGGAACUUCAGAAGUUCCUUUGCAUGUACCAAACAGACCCUUGUUGCCUUUGCCUUCAAACAAAUCUUCAAAAGUGAAGGAACACCAAAAAUUUCCACCAGUGAAAAAUCCACACAAACUUUGGAGCAUCGAGACCAUUUGUGGCCCUGACAAGCUCAGAAACUCUUCCGUGCAACCAGAUUCUACAUCUGAUACAUUGAGUUCUUCAUCUAAUUUGAGUGACGGUGUUGUCGAAGUGCCGGAAUCUGUUCCUGUCAAGCCCGAGAGGAAGUGGUCUUUGGGUGUUCAAAUUUUUGGAAAAACUGUGAGUGCAGCAACUGUUAAAAGGCCAUCCAGGUGGGAUGUGGGUAUUCCGAAAAAAUUAGAAAAGGUUGAGAAAGGAUUUAAGGUUAAUAAUUCUAUAGUAGCACAUCAUGAACAUAAGACAGGUAGUUUGGAUACAUCAGUGGUAAGUGAAACAAAAGACAAUGAAGAGGUUCAAGCUUCUGAGGAUUGCAGUCAUAGUUCAAGAGAAGAAAUGGGUAUUGAAGCUGGCUCUCAUGAGUGCACUGCAGACAGUUCUCUCCCAAAAGUUCAAGAGAAGCACCUUGGAGAUUCAUUAGAAGGAAAUUCAAGGGUAGGUGGAACCAAUUCGGAACCUUCCUUACAUUGUGAGUCUACUGAAGCAAAGGAGCUACAAAAAUUAGAUGGAUGUGAAGCAGAUAGUGUGGUUGCUGUUCAGUCACCUGGAACAUGUAGUCCUAAUGGAUGUUUUGAACCUACAGCAAGAUGUAAGAACAAAGAUGAGACCUGUGAUAAAUCCAUGACAAAAUUUUUUUUUGGACCAGAGUCUUUGCAUACGUCUUUGACAGAUGCUACUAUUUCAAAUACGGGCAGUGUUUCAAGUGCUAAGAUAUCUGACAAACUUAAUUUCAAAACAGAUACUUUGGUAGAGUCAUUACCUAGUAAUACUCAAAAUAAUUUGACCACUGUUGAUUCUCUGAAAAACAGUUCAAACUUAACUGAAUCAAGAACUGAAAAAUUUAGUUUCAGUAUUGAUAAAAUGGUAGAGCAGAAGUCAUCGAAUGAAAAUGAGAAACCAUGUGUUGCAUUUGCAGAGAAAGAGCCUUCUAAUGUUUUUAGAGUUUUAUCCUCGGAUACAAAUAAAUCACAAGCAGUAGAUAUAGUGGAAAGUGAUGGCAAAGCAGAAAAUAGUGGUGCUAAAGAUUUGCAUAUUGAUAAACUUGGUACAUUUUGUGGUAAAAAAAAUGCUUUUGAUAAAAUAUCGUUACUGAGUGGAGCUGAUGAUGUUAAGGAUUUGAACUGUUCCAUAAAAGAUAGUAAGAGUAAACAAGAACCAGAAAGCAUUUCAGAGGAUAGUAAAUCAUCAGAAUUAUCUGCAUCUUGUUUAGAAAGUGACUGUUAUAAUGCUCCCGUUGAUGCAGAUAUCAUCUCAGAAAAAUCUGUUUCUUUGGACACGUUAACUGAUUCUGUAAGCAUGCAUGAAACAUGUAAUGAUAUUUCCGAUGGGAACUGCAGUAAUGCAACUGUCAUAGAAGAAGUUACGGAGAUAGACAGUUCAGUUAAGACAGUGCAACCUGUCAGCACAAGCUUAGAAGAUGUUACUGAGGGAGGCAGUUCAGAAAAGGUAGAUCCUGUUGUUAGCCUAAGUAAAACCUUUGUAACUGGCAUAGAAAAUGUUACGGAGAUAUCGAAUUCAGAAAAAAAACAUCCUGUCAUUAGCUUAAGUAAAAAUUCUGCAACUAGUAUAGUUGGUGUUAUGGAGACAGAGAUUCCAAUCAUGAGCCCAAGUAAACCUACAACUCGCAUAGAAGGUUUUUCCAAUAGUGACACUUCAGAAAAGACACAUCUUGUCACUAGACCAAGUAUACCUUCUGUAAUUGGCACAAAGGUUGCUACAGAGAGUGCCAGUUCAGAUAAGACUGAUUCUGUCACUGGCCCCAGUAAACCUGCAACUUGCAUAGGUGUUACAAAUAGUGACAGUUUAGAAAAGACAGAUCCUCUCACUAUCCCAAAUAAAUCUUCUGAAACUUGUACAGAUGUUUUGGAUACAGAGAUUCCAGAAGAGACCCAUCCUGUCACUAGUCCAAGUAAACCUUCUGCAACGGGUAUAGAAGAUGUUUCAGAGAAAGACAAUUUAGAAGAAAUACAGCCUCUAAUCCCAAGCAAAUCUACAAUUAGCUCAGAAGGUGUUACAGAGAGUGACAGUUUAGAAAAGACAGAUCCUCUCACUAGCCCCAGUAAAACUUCUGCAAUGGGAGCAGAGGUUGCUACGGAGAGCGACAGUUCAGAAAAGACGGAUCCUCUCACUAGCCCAACUAAAUCUUCUGCUAUUAGUAUAGAAGAUGUUACGGAUACAGAGAUACCAGAAAACACCCUUUCUGUCACCAGCCCCAGUAAACCUUCUGCAAUAGGUAUAGAAGAUGUUUCAGAGAAAGACAGUUUAGAAGAGACACAGCCUGUAAUCCCAAGCAAACCUUCUACAAUUGGAACAGAAGAUGUUGAUGAGAGUAACAGUUCAGAAAAGUCGGAUCUUGUCAUUAUUCCAAGAAAACUUUCGUCAGCUGGUGUAGAAGAUGUUAGGGAGAGCAGAAGUUUAGAAGAGACCCAUCCUGUCACUAGCCCAAGUAAACCUUCGGCAGUGGGCACAGAAGAUGUUACAGAGAGAGACAGUUUAGGAGAAACACACACUGUCAUCCCAAGUGAACCUUCUAUAACUGGCAUAGGUGUUAAGGAGACUGACUGUCCAAAACAGAUACAUCCUUUCAUUAGCCAUUGUAAAACUUCUGCUACUUUCUUAAGAGAUGUUACGGAGAGAGAAAGUUCAGUAAAAAUUAUUACACCUGCAGAGGUAGACAGUUCAGGAAAAAUUAUUCAGCCGUCCAUCAACACAAGUAAACAUAAACAAGACUCUGCACAUGAUGGAAUUAGUAGUAAACCAACAAAUCAUAGCACACAACCAGUUAAGGAGAGCAUCCAAGUACAAAAAUAUCCAGAAUUCAGUAUUGAUAUGCCAUCAAAUGGUUGUCACCCUAAAGAAAAUAAUAUUUUAUUGAAAAAUUCAUUAAUGGUUCCAAGUGCUGACCAGUCAAAUAAAUUCCCUAAAAAAUUAUCAGAAAGUAAUUUGACCACUGAAAAAUAUAAAGUUGAUUUACCAAAUUCACCAAACAUUGGUUCAUCGUUUUCAGCUCUUGCCAAGUUUCACCCCCAGGCAUGUGCCGGAAAACGUCGGAAGUCUGUAGAAAGUAUUUCGAUGGGGAUUAUGAUGGGAAAGUUGUCUGGGAAAGCAGGGAUGGAAUUACAGUCAAAAAUAACUGAUAUUCCUCUCUCUGGAACUCAACUAUUGGAUAAGAUGUUGGAUUUCAAGGAUACAAGGGCUAAGUCUGAGAAAUUACCACUAAGUCCUCCACAGGUUUUGAAAGAAUCUCAGUCCAUUGCUUCACCAGCUGCACAGCAAACCUCUUCUGCUACUGCUACACAUGCAAGCAGCUCAAAGAUUUCUUCAGAGCUCAUGGACACUUUGAGUAGUAAGGAAGAAAAUGAUAAGUUCUUGUCUGUUGAGUCUCAGCUAGAAGCUAUGAUGUCUGAUGAUCCCAUCCCCUCAGUCGAUGGCAGUCAGAAAGUGGUGGAGGAAUCUGACAGGGAUGCAAGUGUAAGUAACUUGCUACCUGGGAAAAAUGCAUCUGUCGGGGGUGUAGAGAAGCAGGGCAGUUGCGAUAUAAAACAACGUGAAGGCAGCAAGUCAUCGGAAAAUUUAUUGGAUGAUGAUAGUUUGGUUUCAGAAACAUCAACAGAAACUAAAAAUUACAUGACCAAGUCACAUAGUCAAAGUGGAGGUAAAAUGGAUCAUAGUGAAGUUUUGGUCAGUUCUAAUAUAAAGCCUGUUGUUGAAAGUUCUUUGUGUGAAGAUAAAGAAUCUCAGAAUGAAAGUUCAGGAUCCAGUGAGGCUGAAAAAUUGUCGUGGGUUGAAGACCUACUUGAUGAUUCUUCGAGGAUAUCUACGGGCAGUCAUAAAAAUUCAGCCAAUUCAGAAGACCCUAUAGCAUCAAUUGAAAAUGAACUUCAUUGUGACUCUGAUGAUAAAUCAUUUGAUAACAAGUCUUUACCAACAUCAGUUGAAGCUAAUAGUCAUUCAGAAGUUCAAGGAGAAAGUAGCGAGUUGUCUAACACAACAAUGGAGAAAAGUCCCAAAAUGAGUGUUAGUAUUGAUGAGACUAACAUAGGUAAAUUAGAUGUUCUAGUUAAAGAUACUACUGAUGUAGAGAGUACCAUUGAUGAGACUCCUGAAGAGUUAAUAUCUACUCCAAAUAAAAGCAAAGAAAAUUCUGUUUCUGAAAUAGGAAGUUUAAAGAAAUCAAAAACACAAUUGGAGCCAACUUGUGGGCAUAUUUCAAAAAAACUUAUUGAAGGUGAAACAUCUGUGUCAAUAACUGAGGAGUCUUCUACUUCAAAACUACUUGAAACCCUAGAAAACAGUUCAGUUACAGAAAGUGAGGCAGGGAAAAAGGUAGGUACAACAGAGGAAACUACGGAUGAAAAUUCAACUCCUGCGCCUGUUCAACCACCAAGUAAGGUUGGACUUUUAAAAAUUAUACCAGAAGCAAGCAUGGCAUCGUUCAUGAAGAGUUCUCUCAUCAUGUGCAAGGAAGAUCCCGUGAAAAUUGGUGAGAAGAGAAAUUUUAUUGAUUUACUGGGGAAUAACGUAGUGAACUCAGUUGUUCAGGGUUGUUCAGUACCUUUUGUUGAAAACAAAUCUGAUCUGUUAACUCAUGAUUUGCAGCCCACAGAGAAGCCUGCACUUCAGGAAGAGGGUGUUCUUUCGAGGGUUCAAGCACAGCUUGCUGUAAAGUUGAGCACAUCUUCUACAGAGCCAGGGAAAAUAACAAGAAAAUCUACUGAGAAGAACAAAGUUGUGAAGAAGAAAGAGAAAGGAAAAAAAGGAAAAGCAUUGGUUAAGAAAGCCAGUGGAAAUAAAAUGACAGUCAGCAAGGAUGCCGAAAAUGAUUUGAAUGAUUGUCAGGCUGAAGGUAAAAAAGAAAAUGAUGUGGUAAAAGAUGACAUACAAUGUUCUCAGGAUAUGCUUAAAGGAACUGAUGAUAUGUUGGAUACUAAUGCCAAAGGUGAAAGUGAUGCAUGUAAAAAUGAAGCGAGGAAGAAUUCUUUGACAGAGAUAAUCAGUUCGGUUUCUGCAUCUUUAUCAGACAGUAUUGAUAAACUAGAAGGCAGUAGCAAUAAACUGGAAGGUGAUUCUGCUGAAAGAACCGAAACUAGUGCAUUGAAAAAACCGUGCACCAUUAGUGAAUUUUCAAUGGAUUACAAUCCAGCCGAUCAAAUAGCUUUGCGUGCCACUAUUUCCCAAAUUAUAGCACGCCCCAAACCUGUCGGUCAGAAAAGGAGACGAUCGUCCAAGAGCGCUGACGCGAAGUUUAAGACCCCUGAAACAUCAGAACUUGCUCAGGACGAAGUGGAAUCGCCCAGAAAAGAAGUUGAUGUAGUCCCGCAGAGAAACACACGGUCGAGAAACCUGCGUGGCGACGACACACCGGUCGAGGGCCUGGUCCCCUCCAGGAGGAAACGGAGCGGCAAGCGGCAGACGUCGGUCUCGAACGACGGGAUGCCGGCAGACGCGGGAAAGGGGGCGCAGGCGGAGGCAGGGGAGCCGGCGAGCAAGAGCAGGAAGGUGCGGGGCAAGAAGACCCCCGACCUGGAGCUGCGACGCAGCGUGGAGGAGCAGAAGCGACUGGAGGGCGGCGCCAGCAGCAGCGAGGACGAUGGCGGCAAGGAGAGCCUCGCGACGCCGGGCGAGGGGGCCUCUCCGCGGGCUCGCGGGAGGGGCGGCCGGGGCAGGAGCCGGGGUCGCGGUCGAGGCGGAGCGAGGGGCAAGGGGCGGGGGAGGGCGCCCCAGGAACAGACGGUGGCUGCGGAAAGCCCUGCGGUCAGCAGCGACACCCCGAGUGAACCCCCCAAGCCGGCCGCAAAGAAAAGUAGAGGCAGUCGCCUGUUAAAGGACUUGGAUCUCGGAGCUGAGCUGAUUCUCGCCAACAGCGCAGGCCCUAGCUCGGGAAUGCCGGUGCGCCAGUCUCGGCGCAUUGCGCAGAUAAAGAUCAAGGAGGAGGCGGAGCGGAGGAGGAUGGAAGAAAUGACUCUGUUUGUCAUCAAAGAGGAGAUGAGCAUGACUGAGAAAAAGAAAACCAAAAUAGACAAGCUGGAGGAAAGCCACGACAGUCAGCAUUCUAACUCAGCCCGGAAACAAAAGAAGAAACAUAGUGAUGAAGACUACAUAGCUGUCCCAGAAGAGCAAGUGGUUUCAAAGAAACAGAAAAGAAAGAAGCGAAAGAAGAAGUUAAACAAAUUGAAAUUUAACGAAAAUAACCCCUGGGUGUCCUCGUCAGGGUCAAGCUCUUCUUCCGUGGAAGAAGAGGAAGAAGAGGACGAGGAGCCGGAGCCGACGGAGGACGAGAGCAACCUGGUGUUCAAGUCGGACCAUGAGUUCUCCCCGGAAUCUGAUCUCGAGGAUGCAGGGGACCAGGUGCCGAUGCCACGCAGGGCCCGGACUGCUCAGAAAGGCACGGGGGUGCUUGCAGACGCGAGUGGCGGGGAGGCGGAGGUGGUGGCAGACGACCAUGCGUGCCAGAAGUGCGGGCAAACGGACCACCCGGAGUUCAUCCUGCUGUGCGACAAGUGCGACCACGGCUGGCACGGCUCCUGCCUGCGCCCGGCCCUGCUCGUCAUCCCGGAGGGCGACUGGUUCUGCCCCCCAUGCGAACACACGGGGCUGCUGCUGAACCUGCAAGAGAGAUUGCGCGAGUUUGACCGCUGCGCCAAGCGUCGCGAAAACGAAGAACUGCGGCGCAAACGGCUCGCGUACGUGGGCAUUAGCCUCGACAACGUGUUGCCCAACAAGGACAAGGAGGAGAGUGAGGCUGAAUCCUUUUCCGAGGUGAAGGAGAAGAAGUCUUCGUCGUCCUCUGACUCUGGAACGUCGUCGAGUGACGAGUCUGAGCCUGUGUACCAGCUCAGGGAGAGGAGGCAGGCUCUGUUCAGCUACCGCUUCAGCGAGUAUGACGACCUCAUCAACUCGGCCAUACAGGAUGAGCUGGAAGCUGUGAAAGGUGCCGGCAACCAAGGGAGAGGCAAGGACAUCGCCAACAUUGUGAACGCAGAGAAGUCCGAGCCAGAGGCGGAGCCGAGGCCAAAGCUGACGAACGGGAAGGAGGCGGAGGAGCGGCAAGAAGGAGCGGAGGAGAAAGAGAAACCCAAGGACGGUAAAGAAGUGGACGAAGACGAGGACGAGGAGGAGGAGGAAGAGGGGUACAUCCCGCCUGUCAAGCCCAAGUACGUGAGCAUCAGCAAGAAGAAGCACCGUCGGCUGAACAGCCUGGACAUCAGCAGUGAGGACGACGCGGAUUCCGACGAGGACUUCAAGGGCACCAGUUCGGUGGAAGAGGAGGAUGAGGAGGAGGAAGAACCGGACAGCGAUGACUCGGAUGCCGGACGAGGGUCCAAGCGCAGGUCGCAGCCGGUGCGAAGGUCGGCCCGCGCCAGAACCACGCGAAUCGACAGGGAGUUCAUCAAUGACAACAGCGAGGACAGCGACUACGGCCCCAAACGAAAGAAGACUCGUCGCCUGUUCAUUGAUUCGGAGAGCGAAGAGAGCGAAACCUGGGGUCGCAGCAAGCGAAGAAAAUCAAGUAGCAGUCAUAAGUCAAGCCACAAGAGCAAGUUUAAGAAGAAGAAAAAGAAACACAAUGAUGAAUCUGGUGCAGAUAGUAGUAAGGAAAACAUGCCAAAGAAGCGAAAGGUGAAGUACGGAGGACUGGACAGUGUUAAUGAUGUCCCUGAUAUGCCUCGCACCAGAGGUAGAAAGAUGAACUACCAGGAGAUAGUCGGGUCUGACAGUGAGGAGGAGAUUUUGAAGGCCAUGCAGCGGAAACUAGAGAGCGACGACGAGUUUGUGGCAGCACCGGAAGACGAAGAGGAGGAUGAAGAGGUGGUUAAAGCAGAAGAAGAUGAAGAUCAGAAAAUGGAAAAUAUAAAUGAUCUUGAGGAAAGUGUAGAAUCGCCAGAGGAGUUUGUGACCACUAAUCCACCAUCAAAAAAGAAGGCCAAGGAAGAUAAAAAAUCCAAAACUACCAAAAAGAAGAGGCCUGUCAAGCGACGUGAAAAAAAGACUAAACUGCGCACUGUAAAAACAAUCAGGGUAAAACGUAUAGCAACACCAGUAGAAUCUGAAGAAGAAGUUGCUGGGGUUGAAGAGGAGGACGAAGAAGAAGAGUUGGAAGAUGAUGGAAUACCAUCCAUGACCGAAGAGGAACGUGAAAUGUUAGAAAUAGAAGCACAGGCAGAAGAAGAAGAAAGGAUGUAUCUGCAGGAAAUGGAGCGUGAAGCUCUUGCUGCAGAAGAGCAGCUCAAUGAGGAUAACGAGGAUGAUGAUAAUGAUGAUGGUGGCGAGGAGGUGGAGGAGGAAGAAGCAUUGGAGGAAGAAGGAGAGGAAGAGGAGGAGGAGGAAGAAGAAGAAGAGGAGGACGCUGUACUAGCUGCAGAAAAAGCUCAGCUGUUUGUAAUUAAGGAGGCAGAGAAGGCAAAAAGAGCUGCUAAAGAGGAGAGAAAGCGGCUGAAAAAGGAACAGAAGAAGCUGGAGAAGAAAGAACAGAAGAAGCUCGGCAAGCUGGCCAAGCAGUUUGAGGAAGCACAAGCAUCUUCUGAAGACACACUGCCCAAGGUGCCGUUGGUGGCGGUGCUAGGAAACACUGGCCCUGUGGUGCCCGUACAGGCUCCGACUGCAUCUGUCGUCAUCCAGCCACCAGCACCUGCCAUGCCAGCGCCACCCAGUUUCCCAAUGACUUGUCAUCCUCCUCACGUGCCUGUCCGAGAGCUGCCUCUCGCUCCAGUGGAGCACCGACUGGAAGAAGGUGAGAUACCGAUCACUGCAGUCAUGUCGGACGCCAUCGCUCCCAUCAAGCCGAAGAGGAGGGGCAGGGGACGUGGAAAGGCCACGAUAGCAGCGGCAGCUGCGGCCGCAGCUGCCGCAGCUGCAGCGAGCGAGAUGGGCAUAGUGGGCAACGUUCCAGACGGCUUGCAAAGGUAUUCGAUGCCGCAGGGAUACCAACCUCAACUUCAGAACCAGGCUCAGCCUUCUCCUCACUCUCAGAUCCCACCUCACCCUCAGCCUGCGCCGCCACAGUCCACGGGCAGCGUGAUCACUCGCAUGCUCCAGUCGCAGCCGGUGUCUGCACAGAGUUUCACGGCUGCUGCCACUGCCAUGGGGCACAAAUAUUUCGGUGGUCCGCCUCUGAUGGGCGAGCAAGGCUCCGGCGCGGGCAGGGGCAACGGACAGCUCAACCAGACGCAGCAGUACUCGAUGCCGCGAGGACGAAUGCCUUCGCCGUAUCGUCAGCCGCCACCGCCGCUCACGAGCUCCCCUUCGGGCAGCCCUCUUUACGGGCGGCCCCCGAUGAACCAACUGCCGCAGAUGAGGAUGAGGCCGCAGAUUGCGGCCGGUCAACCACCUCAGAUGUACCACACUUCCCAUCACCCUCUGGACCCGUCUCCCUCUGGAGGAGGGCCCAUCGCGAUCGCUUCGAACGCAUCUACCGGAGGCAGCUCGCCGCUGCAUCAGCCGCCAGCCCCGUCGAGCAGUCCGCUGUCCGGCAAGACGGGCCGCAACACCCCCCCGCCCCCUCCGUACACCCGCCCCGCCAUGACGGUGCCCCAGUCGCCCGGCUCCUCCAUUCCUCCGCCCCUCGUCAGGUAUCCCCUGCAGGGCCCCGACGGGGUGCGGCAACAACCGAGCCAGUACGUGUCGCCGGCGACGGCUGCUUCUCACCUCCACCAACCACAGCAGCAGUCGUCGAGGGCGGCCAUUCCACCCGCGCCGUACCCCUCGUACCACCCUCCCCCUCCGCCCAGCUACCACUACGGAGCCUAUCCCGCUCCCCCUCCGUUGUCCACGGCAGACGACGCCCUCCCCCCGACUGCCUACCAGAGCUCCCCGUACCCCGACCAGUACGCCUCGUCGGACCAAAUACAGCCGUCUGACGGUAGCAACAGCAAGUCGUACGACGACGAGGGUGGGGGUGAGUUUGGUGGGUUGGUUUCGUACUUCUCCAGCCAACGAGAAGAUGACCUGGACACGUAGUAAAUAUCGUGAUGUGCUUCGUGGCAUUUUUUUCUGUUCCUUUAUAUACUUUACCUGCUAGUUACGAGUUGUUACUUAUUUUUUUUUGGCAUGUCUGACUAAGUGUUUAAAUGCGUACAACGUUAGUCUUCAGCAGUGUUCUCGUAUGUGUUGUAUAAUAAUAAUGUACUUGAAUGUGCAGACUCUUCAGUGUAGCUGAGUGAAGAACUUUUAUUUUUUGUUGCAGGUUUUUUUUUUAAUCUGUAGUGGAUGUUUAAGUUGUGCAAUCAACCAUUAAUAAUGUUUAAUGUACAAGCUAUAGACUGGAAGUUGUGUACAUACUUCAGUUAUCGUGAUAAAACAUACAAUAUAGUUAAACAUCACACCUAAGAAAUAUAAUUUUUUUUUCCAGGGAAAAGUGUAUAUUUAGAUAUUUAAUUUUUUUUUUCCAAUUGUAAAUAAACAAUUAUGUAUAUAACUGGUUCAAAAUAUGAAAGUAUCAAACUUGUUUUUAGGGUGCACAGUUUUUAUGAUAUAAGAUUUAACCACUGAAAAUUUAACAAAAAAAAAAAAAAGAAA